UCGACUUAGUUCUAUAGAAGCGUAAACAACACUUGAUUAAUCUUUACCUCAUUGGAAGCUAAAGCAAAAUUACAUUAAUACGAUACAAUCAUACAAUACGAGAAUUAAACCUUGUUUUGUUUCAAUCACAUAAAAAAGAAACUUGUUUUGUGUUGUGAUUUUGUGACUCUUUUUUGCUUUGAAAGUUACUACGUUGAAGAAGAACAAUGGCGGGAAUAGCAAUACUUGCAGAUCUAUGGAGGAAAAACCAUAAUUCUGCAUCACAUGCUUUUCAUUCUUCCUCAUCUUUUUCUGCUUCUUCUGCAGCUGCUGCAGUUGCUUCUUUUGCUGCAGGGACCACUUUUGCUUCAAGGGCUUUUUUUGGGUCACCAGUUGCAUAUAGUGAUGCUGGCGCAGUAUUAUCCGAUGAUUAUAUUUCUAAUAUACAAAGUUCUGCUGAGAGGAUUUUCAAUUAUGAUCCUAAAAAAUUUAGUACGAAACAGUACAAUGUCCAACUGAAACCUCUAUUCUCUGCUUUCGAAUUGAGGUCACUUGCAAUGACUUCAAUAAGGUCAUUCCUGAUGUUCUAUUUGCCUCUUUUGGAGCCCCGUGCGGAAAUGGAAGACGACGAUGAUUUUCUCGAGGAGAAUCACGAAAACAAAGUUGACCUGGUUGUUCCCUUCAAAAAGUCUGUCAAGCAAAUCAUACGCGAGACAAGUGUUGUGACCACUAGAAGGAUUUUAGAAAGAAUUGCUGUCCAUUAUGUUUCGCAGCGAAUGGCGUGCAAAAUUCUUAAAGAUGUUCCAAGAUCAGCUACUCGGAAGGCUGCAAGGAAAAUGCCUACGUUCGUUUACUUCACCAGCGUGAGCAGAACAACAUUCAGAGGACACAUGCUAGGAGUUGCAGCAUCAUGGUUUGUCCAAGUAGGCAUUGAAUUGUAUCGAUUCUUUUCGUCCAUGUUCAAGUCCAAGGACGAGGAUAGCGACGUAGAUACAACCGAGCAAGCUCGACUUCUUGGACAGAAGAUCACCCUUACUUCAAUAAGGUGUAGUUCAUCUUUAAUUUUUGCCUCCAUAGGCGCAGGCAUCGGUGCUACCCUUUUCCGUCCUUCACUCGGCCAAUGGAUUGGAUGUGCUGCUGGUGAUUUGGCUGGUCCAAUCAUUGUUGCAUUUUGUGCAGACAAAGUAUUUCAAGUGAAACUUUAGUGCUAGUUAUUUUGCUGACUUAUUAUUUUUACCAGCCUCAAAUGGUGUGUCUUCAAAAUUUUGCUGGUUUUUAUAUGUCGCUAACAGCUUAAAUUUGGUUUACUUUUGAGCUGAAAGAAUUGUAACAUUCUUCUUAUUAUGGUGAAUUUGUUACUUUUUCAAUUAAUAUUCCUAAUGAUUUAGUCUCUAA